GUGAAGGGGGAGGGCGCGAAGCUGGUCCUUUUCUGCGCUCCUUCAGGGCCGGCGGAGCGUUGGCUCCGUGGAGGGCGCUUCCGCAGCGCAAGUCCUUCUUGCAGGGCGUGUUUUAGAAGGGAGCGAGUAAUCGGACGCAUGCCUGCGACUCAGGAGGGAGGCCCGCUGAAAUCCGUGGGGCUUACUCCCAGAGUACUGGUCCCAGGAUAUGUCUGGAAUGUACGUGAGACCAACACCUUGGUGAACCUAAGCAGGUCUGGGCCCUGUCGCUGCCGGGAUGGGCGACCGUUUGCCUGGGGAGCAGAUGGAUUUUGUCUUGGCUUCCUGGAUGGAACAAAGGUUGCAGCGUCCUCUGAAAUGCCCAGCUCCUCUUCCGCCUCCACCUCAUGACCUUGCCCUCCCAUGCCAGCUGAGCCGUCCACGGCAGCCAUGGUCCACCCUGAGGGCAAUGCCCUGCUGAAGGCUGUGUGGCAGGGGAAAUUCCGCCUCACCCGCCUGCUGCUGGAGGGUGGAGCCUACAUUAAUGAGGGCAACACCCAGGGGGAGACCCCCCUCAUUGCGGCCUGCAUCGCCCCCUACGAGGACCCCCAAAACAAGCCCCGCAUGGUGAGGUAUCUCCUGGAGAAUGGGGCUGACCCAAACAUUCCUGACAAGACGGGGAGGUCUGCUCUGAUGCACGCCUGCGCCGAUGGAGCUGGCGCUGAGGUGGCCACCAUCUUGCUGGCCCAUGGGGCGGAUCCCAGUGCCAAGGACUACUCUGGGUCAUCGGCUCUGGUUUACGCCAUCAAUAAGGGCGACCGGGAGACCUUGCAAGUGCUCCUGGAUGCUUGCAAGGCCAAAGGGAAGGAGGUCAUCAUUAUCACCACAGAUACGUCCCCCUUAGGGACCAAGAAGACCAAACAGUACCUGAAUUCACCACCAUCGCCGAGUAUAGAGGAUAAGCAUCCGCCUGCUUUGUGUAUGUCACCCUCAGACAUUGAGGUGAGGACCUCCCAGUCCCCCGGGAGCAGUGAGAAGGAAGAGGAGCGUGACGUUUUCAACUUCACCAUGGCCACUCGGCUCAGCUGUUCCCCUCUCCCACACAGCAAAGGGAAGGAAGCCAAGGAACAAACCCUGGCCCUGCCGCCCAAAGGCCGCCCCAAGCAGCUAAAGAGGUUGAACUCGGAACCGUGGGGCCUAGUGGCACCCUCCAUCUUGGCCGCUUCCCACCAGGAAAAGGCCCGGACCCUGGAGGAGAGAGUGGUGGCUGAGAUGAAUGGCUUGAGCCUCUCUAAGAGGCCUCCAUUGUCACGGAGACACAGCAUGGAAGGCCAGGAGUCGUCCUGCCUCAAAAUGGCUGCCCACCAGACAUCGGGAGAAGAGCUGUCCAGCCUGGAAGCAGCGUGGGCAGAGAAAGUCCAUUUUAGCCACCUCCACCAGACUCUUGCCCGACACAACACAGCUCCGGAAGCCCAAGAAGGCAGCCCAAGUCCUGGCCCGCGGGUUCUGGUCCACCCAAAGCUCAACUGCGUGGACCACUAUGAAUCCGAGUCCCUCUGCCCCGAGUCCAUCCCCGGGUCACCAGAUUUGGGCCGUGUUUCUGUGGAGAGGAGGAAGUACAAUGCCUCCCCGUUGACCCUGCUGGCUAGUUCGUCCCGGGAGAGUUUGGAAAGCAUCCCCAGUGCCGCCUCCCCCAUCUCCAUACGCCGUAGGACCCCAGGCCUCCUUGAGAGGAGGGGCUCCGGGACGCUGCUGCUGGACCACAUUGCCCACACCCGCCCUGGCUUCCUGCCCCCACUCCCUUUCAACCCCCACCCUCCCCUCCGCGACAUCCGAGCCAAUGGCAAGCCCUCCUCGCCUGCCCACAAGGGGCUGAUCCCCGUGGCUCCCACUUCCCCCAAGGCUAAGAGGCUGCUACGCAGGCACUCCAUGCAGACGGAGCAGAUGAAGCAGCUCGCCAGUUUUCAGAGCCUGAUCACCCAAGGGGACUCGGUGGCCAGUUAAACAAGGCGGAAUUGGAAAAGGGCAACCCAGAGCAUUCUUGGCUCCGCCUGAUUGGGACUCAUUUGCUCUUUCUGCUGGCCUCUGAGCCCAUAAUGUCUUCUUCGUAGCUGGGUUCCUGUGUCUUCCUCCCCCCUCCUCAUUUUGGUGUUCCACGUCGUAACCACCAUCUUUAUAAUCGUAGCUGAACUUGACUUUUCGUUGCAGUCAACACGACAAGGCCAGAGGGAAAGGAAGGGAUCUUUAAAGUGAAGUCGCUGAGGGUGAGUGGCGAUUCAGGAGAACUGCCCUUCCGCUGCAACUCCCGGUGGCAAAUUCACACGGCAUUUCCUUUCGAAGGGGAAGACUGAGGAGAAGGUUGGCUCGUUUGACUAGCCCACCAAAAUCUUGGCCAGGCAUAUGGGAGACUAUCGGUGCCCUUUGCCUGCUGCCACCAUGAGUCACCCAGAGCUUGGAAAAGUUACUUUUUUUGAACUACAACUCCCAUCAGCCCCAGGCAGCGUGGCCACUGGAUUGGGCUGACGGGAGUUGUAGUUCACAAAAGUAACUUUCCCAAGCUCUGCACUACAGGCAAGACCCAGGAACUGAGGUGGCCUGGGCAGAAGACAACUCAGUGGAGGUUGUUGCACAGCGUGGUGGCACCGUGCGGUGAACUCCAGCACAACUGAACUGACUGAGAUGAGAUCCAAAUGGUGAAUUCAUGUCUGUAAAAGAAAUGUCUUGUGGAUUGGUGUCUGCUUAGAGGUUCCCAUCCUCAGCCAGUAGGGACCACCCCUUGUAGAAAAGAGGACUUUGAGCUACGUCUUCUCUGCCUGGGUCACCCCCAUGUUUAUUCCUUUUAAUGUUGUUGAGAUUUCAUUUCUCUUCUCCGCACUUGAUAUGGGAGUUGGGGGUGGAAUGGGAGGUUGUGCAUCCCAUUUCAGGGAGGUGAAUCUACGCAUAUGUAGAGGUUUUAGGGCUGGGAAGCUGAAAACCAAGAGGGCAAAGGUUCUAUUUGCCAUCUGGAUGUGUGGGUGGGUGGGGGCUUAAUGGACAAGGGACUGAGAGCUCUAACCUUGGGUUACUUGUCUCUCUUUGGGUGGAUUGGGGCCCUCUAGGGUUCUUUCUGCAUUCAGGUGUGGAUCUCCUGAAUCAAGUCAGAAUUCUUUUGGUGUACACAGGAUAAAUUUCAAACCCAAUCCAAGUCUGUUUAAACUGUCAUGGCAUCAGCGAGCUCCUUGGGAUGUUGAGUGCAGGUUGACUCUGCCAACCUGGAGCUCUCCAGAUGUUUAGGACUACAACUCUCACCAGCCCCCAGUCUAGCACAUGCUAGACUGUGUCAAGGCAAUUAUUUCCCCAAAUCUUUGAUACCCUGGAUUAAACUCAGAGACGGUCUCCAUUCUUACUUGCAAAGAGAUGCAUAUGUUUUCUCAAUCAGCUCCCAGAACAAGGGCAUGUCAGGAUUCUCCUUGUUCCUGUGGGAAUGCCCAGUUGGUACCAGUUCCUGGGCACCUCUUCCUCUCCUCCACCUUGCCAGAGCUCAGGGAUGGCACCAGGAUUUCCCGGCAACGGUCACGCUUCUGGGAUUCCUUGUGCAUCCUGUCAGCGGUAACACAGUCUGUAUCAGGGAAUCCAGGGACGUGUUUUCUCCCUUCCUUGGGAUGUGGCCCAAGCUUUCCAGGGUGUCUCUGCUCUGUGGGGCUGACCCAUCCAAAGCAGUGGCUUGACUCUCCGUCUCUUGACACCCAGUUUGCACAUUCUCCGGGCCCAAAGAGGCUCCCCAGCAACCUCCAAAAUCCUUGAUUCCUCCUUGAGGAAACGUCACGGGUGUACCUCCAGUUGGAAACAGGUUGAAAUGUCUAGCGCAGCCCUCGGGGGCACGUUUGGCACUGUGCUCAUUCGGGGAGCUGAGAAGACUUGGCUCUUCUGCCAACCCCCCUCCCAGCUUCCUUGUGCCUCAGUUUUCAGCCAAACGGGGCUCCUUACACCGACCCACGUCUGUAAAUGGCUGCCAGCGUGUUGGCGAUGAAUGUACUCUCUGUUCCUUCCUGCGGUUAGUCGUCUAGACGAAGCAAUAGUACUUGGAACAACACUUGAAAUGAAUCGCUUCCACCGGCAGCCUCCUCCGAGCGCUGUCCGGAGUGCUGAAAUGGCUCUUUUUCUCAGCGCCGAAAGGUGGGGCUGCUGCUGGGGCAGGCAGGAAGCCUUGGGGCCCAAGGCUGAGUCCAUGCCUAUGCUCAGCCCUCUUGAAGGAGCAUCUGUGCCACCUCUCCUCUUCGUGGCACAUCUGCUCCCAGCCCUGUGGCACACUUUGUGCUGCUGAGCUGAGCUCUGGUGACAUUUUUUUCACUGCCCUACAAUUUUUCACCAAUAAAAAAGGCAGUUCAGGUGCAAUUAAUGUGCAAUUAAUCCUCUCUUUCUACACACCCCUUCCAUUGUCUCCUUGGAUCCCUGGCCCAUGGUUUCCCAGUCUCCCCAUUUUCCUUGGCUCAAGGUUUGUGUAUGGGUAUCUAUCAGUCAGAACAACCUCUUGCUUCUCUCGCAGAUGUGAGCGAUUCAUUUUGCCAGAUGGCCACCUUAAGAGGAGCAUGGUGAAUGACAAGCCAGGCCCCCACAUUUCCUGUUUCCCCACCUCCAAAAAACUGGAUUAUUAGCAAAUCCUGUUUCCACGGUCCUCACUCUCUCUUGCACGUCUGGCUUGGCAAUUUGGGUAGAGCAGUUGCUGACCAUUGCAUUAGGAUGUUCAUGAACAUUCCGUGACAGCAGAACAUCUCAGCCAAUAACGACAGCUUCUGCUGUUGAUGGAUGUCAUGGGGAGAAGCUGCCGUUUGCAGGCAACAGUUCAUUUUCCAGGCUACAGCUGCCAAGCUUUGAACCCAGAUUUCCAGUUUUAAGCUGUGGAGGAGGCAUCAGUAUCCCCGGUAUAUUUUCUGCUGUGAAUCCCCACAUAUUUUUUCUUACAACCCUGUUCUCCUUGCCCAAGAAUGCCCAUGUCUGACAGGCAGCCCUCCAUGCUCUGAAACGAUGUUUCCUUACAGCGAGUCACACAAUUUUUCAAAUUUCAUUUAAUUUCUUUUCCACUUGUCUUUCUCUUCCAAUCGUGGUACAAGCACAAUGUUGCCCCCUGUGGCCAAAUGCACAAUUUGUUGGGUGGUGAAUGCCAGCCGUUACAGCUUUUCUGUGCUAAGUCCUGUAUGGACCAAUAGAAAUAGAUAGAUAUAAAAUAACGUAUACAUAAUGAUAAACAAAAGAACGACUGUAUUUAUUGUGUGUGUGUGUGUGUAAAUUGCAAAUAAUGUGUUCCACUUCUCAUGCCUUAAAUGCAACCCAUAGUCACGUCCCAUUCCCUUAAAGGGCUAGUUUUCCAUUGGAGGAAAAACUGUACUGGAAUCUAAGGGUUUGUGCUUGUUUCAGAUUGUUUCAAUGUAAGCCCCAAGGCAAAAUCGGUAUCACCUCCAGAGCUCAGAACAUAUUUAAGCUGCCCCUCCACCCCUCCUCAUCCCACCAUCUCAGACAACAAGGAACAAAAUAUUCAGUAUAUUUGGUUGUCUAGGAACUAGGGCAGUUAAAGAUGUUUGAACGCUGGCUUAUAUUUGUAUUAUUUAUUUAUUUAUUUAUAAUUUUGUUUUUGUGUAUUUAUUUAACUCAAUUUAUAUAACGCUUGAU